AUGUCUACUUGCGACGUGGAAGCUGUGGAAAACCUAUCAAACUCCAAAAUUCUCCACAUCGCCGAAGGGACCCAAUUAAUUCUAUCACUUAUCGCUUUUCCAUUAUUGGUUCGCGGGUUACUGUACUUUCAGACAUCGAAAAAGUUUCAUUUUAAUAUUCGCUUGAUUGCCUGGUUUCAUGUUUUCAGUUUGAUUUUGCAUUUGACUGGGAGGUGAGUACUGUAGGAUUUGGCGGGAAAAAAAUUUGGGUUUGAAACAUGCCACGUGGCAAUUACUGAUUAUAGAAAAUUUUCUAAUCCAAGUUGAACUUUUUUCAGGAAUUAAAUUGUUUCAGAAUCUUGAAAUCCACGUGGAAAAUUUUGAAACAUAGAAAACCCUAGGUAAAAAAGUUGAAGCCAAAUAAAUUCUAAAAAUUUUCAAAAUCAAAUUUAGUAUCUCCAAAUCCACGUGGCAAAUUUAGCCUAACUCAUCCAAAUUUUCAGAAUUCUACAAAGUUUGGCCGAUUUAUACAUGCAUUAUGGAAAUUUUCCAAUCUGUGAAAGACGGCCGACAAAUUUGAGGUCAACAUUUUCAGUUUUUUAAAUUUUCAGCACUUUCAGCCAAAAAUAAUCCAAAUUUUGCAGAUGUUUUUGCACUCGUAUUAUUUACGUGUUCGGUUUGUUUUCGGCCAGCUAUUCAACAGUUUUUAUGGUUGUCGAAAGAACAAUUGCCACUAAAUAUUAUGCCGAAUACGAGAAUCGUCAAUAUUUUUGGGGAUUUGCGCUGGUUUCGGUGCAAAUUUUGAUGGGAUCGUUGACGACUUUUUCGAUUUUUAACAAAUUUAAUUUUGAGCAACCUAUUAAUUUUUGCUCGGUGAGUUGGAAAAUUUGAACUUUUGGUUUCAAAUUUGAAAAAAAUUGGAGCGUGAACUUGACUUUUGAAGGGAAAGAUAAUAUCAAAAAUAUUUUAAGGGGACGCCAAAAAAUUCUUAUUUGAUAUUUACGUUAGCGCCAAAUUCAAAAAUUACAGUACCUCAGAGAGUUGUAAUUUAAUAUUCAAUAGAAUGACAGAAACAUUUUCUGGAAAACCUACAGCCCUAAACGUAUAAUUUGAAACAGUGAAAAAUUUUCACUUUGAAAAGUUUUCAGGCGAGUCGAAACAGUUCGCCAUGGCUUAUUGUAACUCCCGAAAUCCUCAUUCUAAUCUUCAAUUUCGUGGCAUUUUUCCAAUUCAACAAUCUUCUCAAGAUCAAUUCAAAACUUCGCGGAAAUUCGCAAAAUUUGAAUUUAUCAAUGGGGCAAAAAUACCAGAUUGAGGAGAAUGUGAAUCUGAUUCGAAUGUUGCGAAAAUUCACGACUUGUGAUUUUGUUUUUGUGAUUUGCUAUUUUUCGAUGGGAAUCCCGUUUCAUGUGUUUGGAAAAUAUUUGGAUCCUCCGAUUUUUUAUGCGAUUUUUGAGUGUGAGUAGAGGAAAAUCUAUGGAAAAAACCAGAUGAGAAACAUUUUUGAGUGAACAUUUCAAAAUUUUAUUUUUUUAUUCGAAAACAAUAUCCCAAUCUUGUGAAAUUGAGAGUUACUGUAGUUAGGAUUACUGUAGGUUCAAAGUCCUUAAAAAUAAAAAAAAAAUUUGAAUUAAUUCACGAUUACAGUACUUUUUGAGUUUUUAGGUUAAACUACUGUAGUUUAGAUUACUGUAGAUUCAUAGAACUUUGAGGAUUACUGUGAAUACUUUAAAUAUUCAGUGGAAUCUGGGAUUACUGUAGAUUUUAUGGUCAGAAGAUUACUGUAGUCUCAAAAUUCUUAUCUUGAAUUUUUUGAAAAAUUUUUAAAAUUCAAAUUUCCCGCCGCUAAACUCAAAAAUUCAAAUUUUUUUUCUCAUUCAGAAAUAGAAUCUGAGAUUAGAUUAUGAAUGAAAAAAGAGGCUAUCCGAUUUCAAAAAACACUUCUCAAAUGUCAGAUUUCCUCGUUUUUGCAGCUAUUUAUAUUGUGCCAAUCUAUUCAAUCAUAAUGCCAUUUUUGAUCUACAAAUAUGAUCGAAAGUUGUGCGAUUCGAGGAUUCACAGUAUUUCGCAAGAGAUCAAAAUUUCUAACGAGAUUUAUUUUGAGCAAUAUAAUAAACAAUGGAGGUGAAGCGGAAUCUAGGAAUUUGACGAUUUUUCAGGGAAAUUUUCAGGGUUCAAAAACCGCUGUCACCAAAAAUGAUGCAUUUUUAAUUUAUAGUUUUGACGCCAUAAACCAAGAGCUCGAAAAAAAGAGCAAAAAUUUUUAAUUGCUCGGCUCUCAGCCAAUUUUUUUUUGAAAAAUGUGUUUUUUUCUGCUGCAGAAUUUUUUUUUGUAAAAAAAAUUUCAAAACUUUUUACGUUUCAAAAUAUCCAUAUCAAUUUUUCACACUUUCCAUUUUUUAAUACUAAUUUUUCAGAAUUUAGAUUUUGGUGCUAAAAAUGGAUUGAUUUUUAUAAUAGUAAUGUGGUUCACCUAUUCAUCAAAAAAUGAAUAGAGCAAAUAAUUAUUACAGAAUUUUUGAAACGUAUGAAAUCUUGGGAUUCAAAAACACAUCAAAUUUUGAGAACGAGAAAAAAACCUCAAGGAGCCACACCUAGAGAAUCUAAUUUUCUAGGACCCCCAUCGAGAUGUGAAUUUGCAGCAAGGAGUCACUCCUAGAAAGUCUAGUUCCGAAGUAGCCGCGCCUAGAGGAUUCAAUAUUCAAGCAGCCGCUCCUUGAGAACCUUAUUGUCUAGAGCCCGCAUCAAGAGAUUCAUUUUAUCAAGGAUCCGUGCCUUAAGAGCUUCUAUUCCAAGUGGCCGAUCCUUGGCACUAUGAGAACAAAUCAAAACCAAAAUUCUCAAAAUUUGGAUGAAAAUGUUGAAAUUAUCGAUUUUUGGAUCAAAAUUCGGGGAAUUUUUUCGCGCCAAAACCAAUUGUUUUCAAAAUCCCACCUGAAAAUCAAUAAUUCUCGAUUCGAAACAACCUUGAGUCAAACCAAUUAUUUGUGCUCCAAUUCCAAUUCGAUGGCGUAUUUGUAGCCUAAAAAUAAGAGAGUUAGGCUAACUUUUAGUGGUUUUAAGGUUGAGUUUAAGCAAUUUUUCAGGAAUUCAGAUGAAAAAUGAGCUAAUUGUUGAUUUUUAACCCUAAAAAAUCAAAUUUCUGCUCAAAAUUUUGAUUUUUCGCUUUUCGAAAUUGUACUCUUCCAAUUUUCAAAGAUUUCGUGUCAAAUUCAAAUUUUCACCUUUCAAAUUGAAAAACAAUUUUCCGCUCGAAAGAAAAACUGAACUUGAGAACAUUUUCUACCAAAUUUUCAUUUUAAAAAAAUCUGAAUCAAAAAUAAUGUGUAUAAAAAAUUAUUAUGCAAAUUUUGAAACGUAUAAAAUUUUGGAAAUUUUCAAAUUUCGAAUGCAAUUUUUUCAGCUCACAAAAAAUGAUUUUGAAAAUUCUAAAAUUUCCCGCCAAAACUUCCACAGAUCUAAAAACACUAUAUUUUCCAGUGGAAAAAUAAUUUAUGACUCCAUCUCUUUAUAAAUUCAAUUAUGAUGAAAAUAGUGGAGAGAAAAGAGUAUAUCUUAAACUUUUCUCUUUUCUCCAUAGCUCCGCCCACUUUUGCUCAUUUUUCAGGAAUUUUUUGUGCUCAUUUUUUUUCUUGCUCGUUGUUUUUUGAAUAAUAAUCAAAAAAAAAUUGUCUUGGUCCCAGAGAAAUUCCCAUUUUUUUUUCAAAAAAUAAAAAUUGGAUAAAAUAUAUUUGUUGUUGUUUUUUAGGCGAAAAAGAGGGGUUCAGCUCAACGAAAAAAAAGGCUUGAAAAAAUUCAAUUUAUUUUUUUUCUGGUUAGCUUAGCUUCUCUAAAUGUCCAUUUUUGUGUGUCUGAAUUUCAGAUUUUCGGAAAAAAAAUGACAAAAAAAUUUUUUCCCAAAAAGUUCAUAGAUCUUGUAAUCCUCAAGUGAUUUAUGACUACUUUUCUAAAAUUUUGAAAAUAUUUUUUUGGCGCCAAAAAUAUACACAGAAUUAUUCAUGUUAAAAUUUUGCCACAAAUUAUCUAAUCAUUGCUCAUUUCAAAUAGUUAAAUUGCCACGUCAUAGAAUUUCAAUUUUUUCAAAUUUCCGGCCAAAAUGUGAAAUUUUCUAGCCAAAGAAAUUUGGAGCAAUUUUUUCUGAGCACACAUUUUUUUGUUUCUCAAAUAAAAUUCAAUUUUCUUGUUCCCAAAAAUUUAGGCCCAAAUUUCUUGAAAAAGCAAAAAAAAUGUGUUUUUUUCAUCAAUUUUCCAGCUCCAAAUCAAUAUUCUUCCAGAAAAUUACCAUGAGCAACAAUAGUUUCAAAUUCAAUUGUUCCGAGAUGCUCGAAAUCUCCACGUCACCAUUUCUAAUCUCAGUUUUGAUGACAAAUUCGAUUUUUUGUGUUUUGGGUGUGAUUUGUUUGGUGUAUUCGUGGAAAUUGAUGGGCGAUUCGAAGCUGAUGCAUUUCAAUUUGAGAUUGUUGUUGAAAUUGCAUUGUGCCGCGCUGAUUUGUCAUUGUGUUCCCAGGUGAGUUAGGCUAACUUGAGUGAUUCAUAGAUGAAAUAUAUUUUUUUUUAAUCAUUUGAAUUUUUUGAUGAAAAUACAAGUCAAGGAUCUUUGGAUCAUAAAAAAUGAAAAAUUUGAAAAAAAAUUAAGAGGUUCCAGAAUUUUGAUCUUCUGAUUUCAAAAUUCGAAAUUUUUUCUGAAUCUUCUGAGAAGUUAGGCUAAUUCCUAUAAAUCAAAUCUGAUUGGGGAUUUAUUAAUUAAAGGGUUGGUCCUCCGCCAAGGAAUCUUGCUUGGUUUAGAUAAGAAUAAGGUGCUCCUGGAAGGUUCCAGUUUUAGAAAAAAUUCUAGUAUCAAUUCAGCCCAUGUUUUUCCUCAAAAACACAAGCGAGUUAAAACCUACGAAAUAAAGCAUGUAAAUGCGCUCUAGCGCACAACUUGUUUUUGAAUUUUUGUGUGUGUGUUUGCACACAACUUUGAAAAUAACACGGUGACGCCUUUUUGCAGACGAUUUUUUCACCAGGAAAGCACCAACCCUUUAAUGACGAUUUUAAUUAUUUAUAAUUUUGUUCAGAGAUCUGCUGAUCUUUGGAUUAUUUUCCAGCUUUUGCUAGAAAUCAUCUGGAUUUUGAUAAUUAAUUAAUUAAUAAAAUAAUAGAUCUCCAGAGAUUCCUAUAAUCUUUGAGCAGGAAUUUUUCAUGACAUCAGAAAAAAUGAUUUUCUUUUUGUCUACUAGUUAUAAAAAUAGAAACACUUGUAGUAAAAAUAGAAAGCAUGUGGGCUUCUUUUUAUGAUUUUUUGAGAAUGAAUUUUCUGGCGAGUUGGGCUAACUUGUUGGAAAAAUUCUUAUUUUAUUGAAUUUUCAGCCAAACUUUCCCAAAUUCCAGAAUUUUAAGAUCUUUGAAAAAAAUUCGCUUGAAAAAUUUGCACACUUUCACACAUCACAAAUUUUUGCGCGGAAAAGAAUUUUUAAUUCUCAUGAGAAAUCAAUUUAAAAUUCUUCCAAAACACACAAUUUUUCAGAAUUUCAAAUUUUCUUACAAGGAAAUUUUCCAAAACCCAAUUUUUCCUCUCUCUCAAAAAAAAGCCCAACCACAUCUCAAUUUCCUAUGUCAAUCAUUCAAAAUGUCGUGCAAAAAAAAAUUCCGAAAUGUUCUUUUUCAGUGAGAAAAAAGGGCAAAGACCUUCUUCAAUUUUCGCAUCACAAAUUAUUCACAAAAUGGGAAAAUUAAUGAAUUUUUUAAGCGCGAACAAAAAAACAUGGAAAAUAAAAAGAAAUUUGCAGAUUUUUCCUACAUCUCACGGAUCUCUGGUUUUAUUUUACUGCUUCGAAUUGUUACGAAAUGGAGCCUGGAUCUAUCAGGUUAGGGAAACAUGAGCAAUGGUUCUAGAAAGAACCUCUGUAAAUUUUCAAGAUGCUAUGACGUGGCAAAAAUUAACAUGAGCAAUGCCUCUGAUACAAGAUUCUAUUGCUCAUGUCAACUUUCAUUCAAGAAAAAAAUAAUUUCCUCCGGAUUUUGAUUCAACUUUUUUCCCGAAAAUUUACUGUUUCAAAAAAUUUAUAUAUUUUAAAAAUUUUUAGAAAAUUCAAUGCGAGUUAGUAUUGGGAUACAAAAAAUCAAAAAUUUUCUAGACAUUAGUUCAUUGCUCAUGUUAAUUUUGCCACGUCAACCUAGAACAAAAAUCAGAAAAAUUUCAGUUGACAUGAGCAACACAUGAACCUUGAUUUUCAGAUGUUUCAUUCUACGAUUUCCCUACAUGUUUGGUAUGAUUCUCUCAAGUACAACCACAAUUUUUCUGCUAAUCGAACGAAUUUUUGCCACGUGUAAAAGUGCCACGUAUGAACACGGCUAUAAAUAUAUUGGAAUAUCGAUUGGAUGUGCACAAAUAUUGUGCUCAUUGUUGCUUAUGAUCUCGGUUUUUCAUGAAUACGAUUUUGGAGAAUCGCACUAUUAUUGCUCGGUGAGUGGCUGGAAUAACAUGAGCAAUUACUAUUACAUAUUGCUCAUGUUAAUUUUUUGAACUAAGAAGAAGGAUGUUGUCAUUUUUUUUGAAGUUAUAAAAAAAUCCAGGAUAAUCUGGGAUGAGAAAAUUAGCGAGAUUUUUUUUGAAAAACUAUUUGAAGAAAAAAAAAAGUUUCAAUGGACUUUUGGAAUCGGAGCGGGAAAUAGCGAUGAGAAUUACUCGAGCCUAGAAUCGCAAAUUUUUGAGAAAGCGAAUUUUGUGAGAAAAUAAUUCGAUAUAUGUAUCAAAAAUUCGAAAAACUUCGAAAACUAUAAAAAGGUUUUGAAACAGUGAUUUUUUUUUCCAAAAAUAAAAUUAGUAGUGCAUUCAUACCAAAAAGCCAUAAAACUCUCGGAAAUUUAUAGAAUUUUUUGAAACAGUGAAGUUUUUAUAUAUGAAAGCUCUGAAAACUUUUGAGUUCAAAAUUUCAUGCGGAAAACUCAAAGAAUUUUUCGGAAAUCCACGUGGCAACGAUUUUUGAUCAGAAAUCUUCAAAUUUUCUUCAGAUGACUGAAAUUUCCAGGAAAAAAUCUCUAGUUUCUGUGACAAAGUGAUUUUUGAGCUCAAAAAUUCCUCAUAAUCAUACUCUAAUUGAAUUUUCAAGAAAACAUUUUGCAACUUAUGUUAGACUAACUUUUUUCAAUUAGAAAAGCGUCUCGAUUUUAUUUAAUUACAAAUCUGAUUUUCAAAAAACCAAUCACCAAUUUUCCAUGUUUUCUCUGGAAAAACUCCAAGUACAAGUCCAUAAAAAGAAACAAGGAACCUAAUUUUCAUUCAUUUUGUGUGUCUCCAAAAGAACAAGGAAAUGAAACUCUUCUCUUGUGUUUUUUUUUCGGUUCGCGUGACUAGUAAUUGGCAAGGAUAGGAAACAAAUGUGUUGUGUUUUAGUAUACAAGAAAUAUCGAGGCGAAAAAAAUGAAUUUGAGGAUGAGUAAAAAUAAUUCGGGGUUCAGGAUAGGGUUUCUCAUGUCAACUCACGGCCUUUUAAAAAUAGGUUAAAUUGCAAGUUGAGAGAGACGCAGAGAGAAAAAAACCACCUUCAAAUGGAAAUACGAAACACCAAUUCCAUUUGCAGUUCGACUCCUCGUUUCGAGACCAAGCGCGGGAAACAUGUUUUUCAAAAAUUUUCGAAUUCAAAAACGUUUCCCGCGCUUGGUUUCGAAACGAUAGAUCAAAUUAUUUGUGAAUUUCGUGUUUUGGAUUUCUUUUUUGAAGAAGUUUUCUCGUUUUCUCUGUGUCUCUCUCGAUUUACCUUGUAAAAGGCCGUGAACUAUAAACUAGAAAAUGAAACCUUAGAGUUCAAAAUUAUAGAUCUUUAAGAUGGAACGACUUCAGAAUCAGGGACUUACCAGGCAUUUCGGUAAAAACGCGCCAUUUUUCCAAAAAAGUUCAAAGUACUGAAUUCUUGUAGUAAAAAAUGGCUUAAAAUUCUGUGCCUGGGGACUUUUUAAAAUUCUAAAUCUCCGGUGAACAACUAAAGUUCUCCAAAAUGAAAAUCUUCUGAAUCAGACGUCGAUGGAAACUUCUAAAGUCAAGAAAAAUCCCGAUUCCCACAAAAACAUCCAUCAGCCUCAAGCUACCGUAACCUAGCCUCAAGCUACCGUAACCCUAAGGUUACAGUAUCCCCUGCAGUCUGAAAUUGUCAACUACAGUAUUCCUUGUAGUCUGAGGUUGUCAAUUACAGUAUUCCUUUGAGUUUUGAGCUACCGUAUACUUUGCAGUUUGAGAUACAGUACUCUUCGCAGUCUGGUUACAGUAUACCUUUUAGUUUGGGAGCUACAGUACCCCUGAUGCUACAGUAUACCUUGCAAUCUGACGAGGUUGUCAAUUUCCAAGAAGAAAAAUAUUCAAGCUCCAAAAAUCUCGGCUCCAGGAGAAUCUAAAAGAUCUAUAGAACUUAGGUCAUUCCAAACAAAAAAUCAAUUCAGACUGUGAUCAGAAACUUUUCAAAUAAAAUCCAAACAGAAGAUCCUUACGUGACCCAAAAAAUCCACCAAUCUCCCAAUUUUUGCAGAGUUUAUCAAUCAAACAACCUCUUUGGGUAAUCGUUCCCGAAAUCGUAAUAAUGUCAAUGCAAAUCCUCGCUCGAAUCUUCAACCGAGUCCUUCUUCGCGUCAACAAAUCCAUCCGAACCAAAUCCUUCUCUUCAACUCUUUCAAAUCGUUUUCAAAUCGAAUCAAAUCUUCGCAACAUCCGUCUCGUUCAAUCUUUCACACUCUGCGAUUUAUUAUUCGUUUUCACCUGUUUCAUAGUCUCCGCUCCCAUACAUUACAAUUCUCCAAAUAUGCCAAGAUCAACUUAUCAUGCUUGGGUAGAAGUUGUGCAUUUCGUACCAAUUUAUUCGAUUAUCAUGCCAAUGUAUUUAUGGGUAUACAGUAAGAAGGUGAGUUAGCCUAACUUGUAGAAAAACCUAAUCUAAAUUAUUCUAGCAACGAGACAACGCUGUGAAUACACUUCAAGCUGCUUUAUCCACAAGUCCUGAUCAUUAUUUCGAGAUUUUGAAUGAUCAAUUGAAUAUGAAGACGAAAAAAGACACGUUUUUCCGGAGGGCACGGACGAAUAAAUGA